CACACACACACACACAAAAAAAUAUUUGAUCUCUUAAACAAGCCGUAGCUAACUGUUGCCUCGGUGUAGGAGCUGGAUGAUACCUAAUCUACCAACUAGUGCAGGACGUGUCAGCUCUGUUUAACUCUACUCUCCCCUCACGGUGGAGAUGACGUUAUGUUUAUGUGUGGAUUUCACAAUGGAUUUAUUAUAACAGGCCGUCGGGCCCUGUUCGCCAGGCGUGUGACCCAGGCUCCGGGUUAGCCAUCCUGAUCGGCCACGUGAGCCUCUGUUAUCGGGCCUGUCACCUGCUUUGAGAUGAUGGAGUGACAAAAUAACAUGAAAAACCAGACGCUGCCGAAAAAAAAGGGGGAAUCUCAACGUGAAGAUCAUGUUGUGAAUGUGCUGUGACAGAAGAUGAGAGGAAAGUAGGAGCCUGCCUUCAAGUGCGACGAGGCGGGAAAAGGAACAGAGAAAACACCUGAACUACACUCAAAGGAAUAAUUCCGGAGGAGUAAAGUCAUUGGAAUUAUCGGGGGAAUUGGGGAAACCGCAGAAAUGGGGGAGGAGAGAGCCCUGAUUUGACUUUACAUGAGAGAGGAGAUCUGGGGAAGUGCUGCUGGUUUCCAUGCACUGUGAAGAUGGGGACACUGGUCGAACCAGCACUGCUGCUACUCGUUUGGCAGAGUGUUUGGGCUCUGGACAUCCCUCUGGAAGUCCGGCAGCCCCCAACCAUCAUAAAGCAGUCGAUGAAGGAUCAUAUUGUUGACCCCAAAGACACCAUGGUCAUAGAAUGUGAAGCCAAAGGCAACCCUCAACCCAUUUUCUCAUGGAGGCGGAAUGGGAAGUAUUUCAACGUGGCACGUGACUCUCAAGUAUCGAUGCGCAGGCGCUCAGGGACGCUGGACAUCUACGCCUGGAACAAUCCAGAACAGUACGAGGCAGAGUAUCAGUGCAUCGCCUCCAACGAGUAUGGAUCGGCAUACUCCAACAAGAUCAGACUACGACUAUACAGAGCCCCUGUGUGGCCGAGGGAGGUUCUGGAGCCGGUGGUGAUCAGCGCCGGCUUGCCUCUGGUCCUGUCCUGUGACCCCCCGCCUGGCCCGCCAAGACCUGAAACCUACUGGAUGACCAGCUGCUCAUAUGCGAGACCCUUCAACUGGCCCAUCCAGACAGCCUUCCCCACCAUGCAGCCUGUGCGGCAGGACCGCAGGGUAUCCAUGGGGGUCAACGGAGAUCUGUACUUCUCCAACGUCCUCAUCAACGACUCUGCUGCUGAUUUCUGCUGUAACGCCCGCUUCCCCUACAAGAACGUCAUCCAGCAGAAAAUGCCCGUGGUUGUUAAAGUGCUUACGACUCGUACGGUGGCCGAGGCUGCCCCCUCCUGGCUGUCUCCCACAGGCUCGUCCAGCACCAUAGUGGUCCUGCAAGGGGAGGAACUGCUCCUGGAGUGCAUCGCUGCAGGAAUGCCGACUCCUCGUAUCACGUGGACCAAGGACGGGGACGACCUUGUGGUGAUCUCACCCAUGAAAGUGAAGAACUUUAACAAGAUGAUUCAAAUCCCAAGGGCCUCUUUCAGUGAUGCGGGUGAAUACGUCUGCACCGCCGCAAAUAAGAUCGGCUACAUUGAGCACACGAUAACCGUCAGGGUCAAAGCGGCUCCGUUCUGGUUGGAGAAGCCCUCUGAUUUGGUUUUGGCCCCAGAGGAAAAUGGACGCUUAGUAUGUCGCUCUGAUGGCGUUCCUCGUCCCACAAUCAGCUGGUUCCUCAAUGGGGAACCGAUUGAAACUGCCACACCGCAGCCCAACAGACAGGUGUCAGGAGACACACUGACAUUACGCGGUGUGACCACAGUAAACAACGGCGUCUACCAGUGCAAUGCCUCCAAUCAAUAUGGAUACUUAUUCGCCAAUGCUUUUGUCAUUGUGCUGCAUGCAACUCCUCGUAUUCUCAGCCCCAGGAAUGAACUCAUCAAGGUGACAGAGGGCAGCAACAGCUUCUUAGACUGCCGCUACUUUGGUUCUCCAGUGCCAGACCUGCGAUGGUCCAAAUAUGGACAAGGCACUCUUGAAGGAAACCGUUUCAAGACCCACAGUAAUGGGACUCUGGAGAUAAAGCGCAUACGGAUCGAGGACCAGGGAACUUACCUGUGUGUAAUCAGCAACGUCGCAGGAAGAGAUGAGAGCCAAGUCCGUAUAGAGGUCAAAGAGCCCACUGUAAUUGUCACGAGACCACAGAGUAUGAAAGUCAUCCGGGGAACUGAUGUGCGCUUCGAGUGUGGCGUGAAAUCAGAUGUCACUACUCCCAUCACAACCACCUGGAUGAAAGGCAAAAAGCUGGUCACUCUUGGCUGGAGACUCUCUAUGGAUGAAUCAAACCUGGUCAUCACUAACGUUAACAGAGGCGAUGAGGGCAAUUACACGUGUGUCGUUAAGAGCGAACUGGAACAGAAGUCUGCCUCAGCACGCCUAAUGGUGAUGGACCGUCCAGAUCCUCCAACCAACCUGGAGUUGUCAGAUCCAUAUGAACGUAGCGUAAGACUCAGCUGGGUUCCUGGAGACAGCAACCACAGCCCUGUCACAGAGUACUUAGUGCAAUAUGAUGAUGAUGACUGGCUGCCUGGCAAGUGGAAAAACCUGUCGACGUACCCGGGGAACCUCAACUCUGUCAUUCUGCAUCUUUCACCGUUCACCUACUACGAGUUCCGGGUCAUCGCCAUCAAUGAAAUUGGAAUGAGUCGCCCGAGUCGUCCAUCUAUGCGCUUUCAGAGCAGCGGUGCACCGCCAGAUGUCAUCCCGAAGAACGUAAAGGGUGUGGGUACAUGGAGGAAUAACAUGGAGAUCAGCUGGGAGCCUCUGACCUGGAGAGAAUGGAACGGCCCUCACUUGAAGUAUCUAGUGUGGUGGAGGAGGAGAGAUUCCAGAGAGGAGUGGAAGAACGCGACCACUAAAUGGCUGAAAUACUACAUCUACGAUGCAGAUACCUUCACUCCUUAUGAGAUAAAAGUCCAGGCUGUCAACGACUUUGGACUCGGUCCAGAGUCUCCAGUUGUCAUCGGUUACUCUGGAGAGGACCGUCCCUUAACUGCACCCCUGAACCUGAGAAUAUCCGAUAUUGAGGCCACUCAGGUGACUGUGCACUGGGACCCAGUGUCACGCAACUCUCUCAUGGGAGAACUGAAGGAAUACAAGAUCUACUACUGGAGGGACAGCAGCCAGCUGAGGUGGCUGUGGGUCAACAGAGGGAUGAAGUCCAAAACAUUUCCAGACGAUGAUCCGGAGCCCUCGGGGGUCCUCACUGGGCUCAUCCCCUACAGCAACUAUAAGAUGUAUAUAGUUGUGACAAACAAUCGAUAUGAGGGGCCGCCCAGUAACAAUAUACACUUCUCAACACCCGAAGGAGUUCCAUCUGCUCCAAAGUCCUUCAGGAUCCAACAGCGGCAUCUGGACAGUAUUUAUGUCGACUGGGACCUGCCAGCAGAACCCAACGGUAUCAUUACCGGGUAUUCCCUCAAGUACCAGACAGUGAACGCCACCAGGGGAGAAGAGCUGCGAGUCGAGGAGUUCCCUCCGAAUGUAACAAGUUUCUCAAUCCGCCGAUUCGACCGCUACACUCGAUACAGGUUCUCCGUGGCGGCACGAACUCAGAUAGGGAUAGGGGAAUGGCACACAGAGGAGUCACCCCACUACACCACUGAGAUUUACGCUCAGGACCAGGUGGACAUCUCCACACAGGGUUGGUUCAUCGGGAUCAUGUGUGCCGUGGCUCUCAUCGUGCUCAUCCUACUGAUAGUCUGCUUUAUCAAGAGGAGCCGAGGGGGGAAGUACCCAGUUCGGGAUAAAAAAGACAUUUCGUUGGAGCCGGUGGACGACAAAGAUCAGGAGGGAUCGUUUGACUACAGGUCUCUUGAAAGGAUAGCACGUGUCUCCACUCUGCCUUACCCCCGCCGAGAUGAGGAAAGAGGGCUUCAAAGAGGCCAGUCGUCCAUGGAGGCAAUGAUGAAGCGAUCAGACAGCGAUGACAGUCUGGUGGAUUACGGCGAAGGAGGAGAGAUACCGUUCAACGAGGACGGCUCGUUCAUUGGCCAGUACACCGGGACCAGGAGAGAUGUCAGGGAGUUAGACUUUGGCGGCAGUCUGGAGCUCCACUCUCCAAUGAACACCAUCUACUCUCUGGCAUAAAACUCAAAAAUUCAAUUCCUGACUUCAGCUCAGCUAUCUGCCAAGAGACUCUACUGUGCUUGUACCUUCCACCCCGAAUAAAGAAUUUGUGGCGCUUGUCUGCAGGAGGGAACAGCUGCUGCUGAGCUGCUGUGACCCUCUGAGUUCUUGCAGUUAUAGAGGAAAAUGGUGGAAUAGUUGGGACAGUACGCCAAGUGAGCUCACUCAUCUGAUAGAAGGCAAGCUUUACCUUUCGUGUUACCUGUAAAUAAAAAUGCUGUGUGUUUGUGUGCAUUGAGUACACGUACAUGUUCAAUUAUCCUGUCAAUGGAGAUCAGAAAAGAUAGAAGUGGAUGAGUUUAUCAUGUUGAUAAAAGCCGUUGCAAGGACCAAUUUAACCACAGUCUUUUUCUUUCAGCUAAUUCCAAUAAUGACAUUUGUGUUAUUUUUACAUCUUGGCUGUUAUGAAAUAGGGGCUGCAUAUACUUUCACCAUCAGUGAACCUUUAUGUAAUCCCUGAACUUUUGCCAACAAUUGAUCUAUACACUUGUGUUACGUGAACAAUGUGAGAGUAUAAUAGUACUUGCGAUAAGCGAAGGACAGUAAAUGAUCUAUACAGACAAAGGAUUCAUCUGUAUGAUCAUUUUGUGAAUUGUCCUCUGAUGGGAGGCAAGAUGAGAAGACCAUUUGGGGAAUCAGAAAGCAGCCGUAAACCAGCUGAUAAAUCAGAACAUUUCUAAGACCUUGCCUUAACAGUGUCUCCAGCUCACCCAGUCUGGAGCUGGAUAGAAUCAUUAAUCUUUAUGUAACAACUUAAGUGUAUCUGACCCCUAACGUCAUCUGUGUGUCACCAGGUAUUAUGUCCUAAAUGUAAAUAAAGUGGAAAUAUUUAUUUCUAGUA